GAAAGCUCAGCGGUUUUACUGUGCGUAUACUAGCUAUACAACCCAAGCAAGCAUGAUGGGGAUUAAUUAAUGGGACGAUUGAUUGAAAACCACCAAAAACCUGGGCGGCAUGGCACCCAUCCUCACCACACAAGCACCAGUAGUGGCAGCUGUACUAUAUAUAUGCGUCGUUACCUUCAUUCAUCGAUUCUUCUUCUUCUUAUUCAGACAUUAUCAAGAAGUUGGCAGCAGCAGCGGCAGUAGCCAUGGGCAUCCUGGACCACCUGUCGCAUCUGUGCAGCAUCACGGAGACGAAGGAGGCGCUCAAGCUCAGGAAGAAGCGGCCGCUGCAGACUGUGAACAUCAAGGUGAAGAUGGACUGCGAAGGGUGCGAGCGCCGCGUGAAGAGCGCGGUGAAGUCGAUGCGCGGCGUGACGAGCGUGGCGGUGAACGCCAAGCAGAGCAAGUGCACGGUGACCGGCAACGUGGAGCCCGCCAAGGUGCUGGAGCGCGUCAAGGCCACCGGCAAGAACGCCGAGAUGUGGCCCUACGUGCCCUACGCGCUCACCACCUACCCCUACGUCGGCGGCGCCUACGACAAGAAGGCGCCCGCGGGAUUCGUCCGCAGCGCGCCGCAGGCCAUGGCGGACCCCGGCGCGCCGGAGCUCAAGUACAUGAACAUGUUCAACGACGACAACGUAGACGCGUGCACAGUCAUGUAGUUUCUUCUCUUCUUCUCUUUCCGUGGAUCGAUCGGAUAUCCCUGUCACUGUCAUCACCGGCCGGCCGGCCGGCCUUAUUAUUAUUCCUACUGAAACCAACGUCAAUUAUAUCCGUUCAUGCAUCUUCUCCUCCAAAA